AUAUACUGCAAUGCCUCGAGCGACCGCUAGGUGGCGGAAGUUUUCAGUUUCUCAGACGCGAUGCGGCUGCAGCAGGCAUGUAAACAAAGAGGAUAACUUUCUCUGUGUGCCGUAAAUCUCUGAAAAUGGGAAAGCGGGAUAACCGAGUGCCGUACAUGAACCCCAUAGCUGCUGCUAGAGCCAGAGGACCUACGCCUGUCAGCGGCCCCACUAUACAGGAUUAUCUCAGCAGACCUCGACCAACAUGGGAGGAGGUGAAGGAGCAGCUGGAGAAGAAGAAGAAAGGCUCUAGAGCUUUGGCUGACUUUGAGGAUAAAAUGAAUGAGAGAUGGAAGAAGGAACUGGAGAAAAACAGAGAGAAAAUACUGGGAGGAGGUGAGAAGAAAGAAAAAGAGAAAGACAAGGAGAAGGAAAAGAAAGAGAAAGAAAAGGAUAAAGACAAGAAAGAGAAAAAGAAAAAGGAAAAGAAAAAAUCCAGUAGGCAUUCUUCGUCUUCUUCCUCCUCCUCAUCGAGUUCUGAUUCCUCCAGCAGCUCAUCAUCCGAGUCUGAAGAUGAGGAUGAAAAGAAGAGCGUGAGGAAGAAACGGAAAAGAAAGCGAUCCUUGGCACGAAAAGCGUCAGACGAAUCCGAUGCAGAGUCAGAAACAGACAGCAAGGAAUCAUCCAAAAAGAAAAAGAAAAAACUCAGGGAGGAGGGAGACAAAGAUAAGGAGGAAAAGGGCAAAAAGGACGAGUCUGAAUUAGACGAUGAUGGUGAAUCCAGAAAGAAAAAACGGAGUAGUGAAGAGAAGGAGAAAAGCACAGACAAAUCAAAGAAAAAGAAGAAGCGGAAGCAUAAAAAACACAGCAAGAAGAAAAAGAAGAAGAGUUCAGGAUCGGACGUAGACAAGAGUGCAGGAGUGUGGCAUCCUGACUGAACUGAAUAUGUUUGGAGCCCUUCCUCUGUCGCUGGAAACCCUGACUGAUGUCUGCCAGUGGGACUGUGAAAGCUGCUCGUGUGUAGCAGUGUGUCUUCCUGCUUAAGCAGGGUGAUGAUUGUAUGUGUGGAUGGAUGGGUUAUGUGCUGGGUGUUUGAGAGGGGCUGUGAGAGCUUGAAUUCACUUUUUUUUGUUAUUUUAAUUUUUGCUUGAGUUUUUUUUAAGCAGAAGAUUGUGUGUCCCAAUAAAGAGCUGUUAUAACAUUGGAUAUCAGUUGUGAUGCUACAAGUAGUAUGUGCACAACAGGAUUUUAAAGGAGCAGUUUGUACAUUUCAAUUAAAAUUUCUUGGAAGGUGAAUUGCAUUAGCAAUGAUUCUGUUACGAAUCACUACACUUUGUGAGAUGCAGAGCUGAGCAGGUCUGUUCUGGUGGUGGAACUGGAAAUAUAAACAGCAGCCUGAACAAAAAAAAUGGUAAUAUUGUGUCUUUUCUAAAGUACAGCUGAAAUUUUAUGAUUAUUCUCAGUCUUCAAAAUGACAUACUGCACCUUUAAAGAGGAGCUGUUCCACAGACAGACUUGAGUAAGAUGAGCGUUUAUUUUCAUUAUAUUUUAACAGAAGUUGUGAUAUUGAGUUACUUAUAAGCAGUGAGUUUAUAACUUUGAGAGUCUUGCUUCCAGCUUACUUCACUACAUAUAGCUGAUUUACUCACAAAAAAGCAGAGAAAUAUGUCUUUAAACAAAAAUAUUCACACCCCUGCACUUUUCCUUACUUUAUGUUACAGGAUUACUCUAAAAUGGAUUAAAUUCCUAUUAAUAUCU